UUAAUCGGAUACCAAGAUGCUGGGCUCCGGAUUCAUCGAGUUCGAACUGGAAUAUUCAAAAACCACGAACCUUUCAGUCGGCGACGUCGUCCACUCCGAUGAGAUCUUUGCCGGAGGGCACGUCUGGAAGAUAUACUGCUACCCAUAUGGCACCAAGAAGACCAGCACAGGCAGAUACGUCUCUCUGUACCUACGGCUCGUCAGCAAAGCCAAAUUUGUCAAGGCCAUCUUUGAGGCUUCCCUGCUACGCAGGGGCGGUCCUGGGCGUGCAAAAAGAUGCACCAAGGUGUACCCACCUAAUGGCAUCAGCUCUAGGAGCAGGGGAUGGCAUGAGUUUGUAAGCCGAAGCGAUCUGGAGUCUGGUUCCGUCCGGAAAGGAUGCGUUACAUUCUUAUGUGGGAUCACGGUUCUGUGUGACAGCUCCAUUGCUGUGCCAUCCUCGGACAUAGAGAGCCAUCUUGGCGGUCUGCUGGAUCGCUCCGAGGGAACGGAUGUUUCAUUCUGCGUGAAAGGCAAGACGUUUCACGCGCACCGGGCAAUUCUCGCCGCGCGGUCACCGGUCUUCAAGGCGGAGCUCUUCGGCCCCAUGGCCGAGGCUACAAUGGCGUGUGCCACGCUGCACGAAAUUGAACCUUUGGUGUUUAAAACCCUGCUUCGGUUCGUGUACACUGAUUCCCUGCCUGUAGACAGAGAGCUUGGGGACUCUGUCACUGAUAUGGGAAAACAUCUUCUUGCUGCAGCUGAUCGGUAUGCAUUGGACCGGUUGAAGCUUGCAUGUGCUCAGAAGUUGUGGGAAGGCGUGUCGGUCGAUACGGUUGCGGAUGCUUUAGCUUGCGCUGAGAUAUACAAUUGCCAAGAGUUGAAGAGCAGGUGCAUUGACUUUGUUAUGGCAAAAGAUAAUUUCAAGAAGACUGUGUUGACUGAAAGUUUCAUUAGCUUGUUGCAUAAAUUCCCCUCUAUUCGUGCUGAGCUGAGAGCGAAGGUUGGGAGUUGAGACAUAGGUUAGUGGGAUGCAUCUCCACUUAUGUUUCAGGCGUCAAGGAUUGCUUUGCACUGGAUUAGACGGAAAAAAAUCGUUGCCAAGUGAUACUGGCAAGUAAGGGGACAUGGAGGAAAUCGUGGUACAGUUCAGAUACAGAGCUAUGGAUGUGCACUGUCCUGAAGCUUUGUAUGCUACUUUCGGUUCUGCACCAUUUUAUCCUGGAUGUGCACACUGUCCUGAAGCUUGUUUU